UGUGAGAAACAUCGAAUUUGAUGUAUCCAUCCAAAUGACGUCUUGAUUGGUCAAUACUCCUAGGGACGGAGUACAGUAGCCAGCUGGAUUGACAAGAAGAAGUCCUCCAGUAUCAGACUGCAGCAUGAGCGGAGGAGGCUAUUUGUGCGGCACCAUCUUCAGCUUCGUGGGCUUCGUUUUCCUGGUGGUGGUGGGAUCGCUGCUCAAGCUACAGCCCAUGUACAUUCUCAACGCAAAGACGCCUAAUUCCGGUGCCAACGCAUGUUUUGAAGCCGCCAUGUUGUAUGCCGUUGCAUUGGUCGUCUGCUACACGAUGUGGCGAAAAGAAAAACUACGUGCUGGCGAGCUGGACUUCCUAUCGGACUCUUUCUCGAUCAAGCGUGAACGAGCUUUCUAUGGUUCCGAAGACUCAGACGAGGAGCUGCCACUGGCGAAGAACAUGUCUCCCACGCCACGCAUGGUGUAGAAGUCUCUGAAAACUCGUCGAAGUCAGACUAGCGAUGAUAUCUAAGACCACAACUGUUUUGCAUAGUCCAAAGUGUUCCAGAUAUUCGUGCUUGAGCUCUCACCCAUCUCUAUCUUUCUCGCUAGCUGACCACCAACGUCCGAGUCCCUUAUACCCA